UAACAGAAACAAAUACCUACACAAGUAGAUCACAGUAAACUCAGUAGUAGUUCAGCGGGAAACGAAAUGACGUCGUCCGAAAUUUCGACAGUUAAAACUAUCGCACAAAUCAACGAUGAAACGCGCAACUUUAUCCUGGUCGCUGUGGUGAUAGCUAAGAGCGAUCCCCGCUUUUUCAGUGGCCAUCCGAAGAGGCGCGGUACCUUCGAGGCUGAGUCGGUUGAUACAAGCAUCGAAACGGCACGUGGUGUACUAACGCUGACAUUGCGUGAUUCGGAACGUGACACGAUCAACUGUACCGUUUGGGGGAAGGCGGAUACUAUCACACACUACGAUCACUCGUUUGAGAUUGGGGAUGUUGUGGAUGUACAUCGUCCACAGGUUUCUUCGUCACUGUUCGGGAGGUCCGAACAGUACUCACCGACGGUCACAUCACCGUACUGCCUGACGAUAAACGAUCAAACGCAGGUUGCACAAAUAACACGCCAUGAGGGAACGCAGGACGCGCAACGAUUCACGGCUCUACUGAAAGCACCGCUUGUGCAGCCGGGUGCCACGAUUCCACUGGCAGACAUAGUGGCCAGCGGUUCCGGAUGUAACGGAGAAACGUUUAACGUCCUCGUAGUUGUUCGUGCGGUACGUGCAAAAAGAGAUAUUCGGGUCGCGCGCACCAACCGGGUGAAAUCGUUCCGCGAGGUGGUACUGAUGGAUUGUAGUCAUUCUGGUGUGCUGAUGAAGUUCUGGUCCGAAAGCUACAUUAGAUGGUCCGAGCGGUGGACACCACUGAAGACAGUACUGUUGAUAGUGGACGCUAGAGUUGAGUUCAGCGAUUACUACAAAGCUAUCUGCUUGGCGGUGGACAGGAAGACAAUCAUAACGCAGGAUCCGAGUCUGCCACAGCUCAGCAAUCUACUGAGUCAUGCGCAAACCAUUCCGAAGCAGGACAUCGAUGUCGUUUGCUCGCUGUCAUCUGGCUCUGUUGAUCCUUCCACAAUAAACACUGUUAUGACCGUACAACAGAUUCUAGAUCGGACCGAAGGUGAACUGGUUCAGGAGCAGGAUCAAUUUACCGCCCUCUGCUACGCCGUAAUUACUCGGCUCGAUCUAGACGGUCCUUCGCGGAUUGUAAGCGAACGUUGUGUGCACUGCCGUACGCUUGUACGCGGACAGGAUAUAGCUUGUCCUAAAUACGACUGUCUGGGACAUAUCACUCCAGGUGCUGCUCGAGAAUCGUUUUUCGAUAUUACCGUAGAUAUUACGGACCACACUGGAACGUUGACCGGUUGUCGGAUGGUUAGUCGGGUAGCAGAAACCGUACUAAACUGCGAUGUGGCUACUUUCAAGCGUCAAACUGAAGAACAGAAAACACAUUUGAAGUGGAACUUUCUGUUGGAUCGAUGUGCCGUCCGGCUGAUAGUAAAGAGACGUUCUGCCGUACGAUUUCAGAAUCUGUACUCUAUCGUUGAUUGUACAAUUGCUGAUCCAGCUGAAGUGGAAGCAAAGUUGAAAGUGUACUGAAGCGUGUUAUUGGUAGAAAUUGUACCCUUUCAAAUUACGGGUUGUACGACGCAUAAAUGAUGCUUGCACUCAACAAACCUAACUGGCAUAAACAAAUAAAAAGCGGAAUGGUACUGCA